ACUGUUCUACAGGGCCCCUAAAUCAGCGGGCCCUAGGCAACUGUCUAGUCCGCCUACCGUUAGAUCUGUCGCUGGUUUGACAUCCUCAUAACAUGCAUUCGCUACCGUCUAGAUAUCAGGUUCGCCGAACAGUCAUCCUUCUCCUCCAAACUCCAUUGCAUCCUCCGCUCGGAAGGUCCAAGACUCGUGUCGAUAGAAUCCCACCGGACGAAUCAUUGUGCGAUAUAUGUCACAUUUCAUGCGGUCUGGAUCUCAUCACAUGGCGGCCCAUAGUAUGCACGACUUCUCCUGCACAAUGCGUCUUCGCGGAUUUCACGGCACAUAUCUUUAUCCGAAGUAACUUCCGAAGUAACUUCCGAAGUAACUACCAUGAUAACAGAACUCCUGUCGGGGAUGUCGCUGUCAACUAUUAAACUGAUUCCCAGAUGGUCUGUGUCUCCGGCAAGCAGGUACUUCGAUUUUGCCGCAUUGGUUGCAAUCCAAUUCUGACUGCUUCUAGUUUUGGUCACCUGUCUCCUUUCACACUCCUUGGAUGUAAUCUUGCCAAUGAUGUCGAAGGUAUCCGCAAAGUCAAGAAAUAGGAAAUACCGGUAGAAUAUCGUACAUGAAGGCUGUCGUUGUCUAGGCUCCCGUUUCUAAUGACACCUUUCAGGGCGAUGUUGAAGAGCAGACCGUUGAAGAGCAGAAAUUCGCUCAUCCUAUCAGAUCUAAUCAGUGUAACGGGUUUGUGGAUUUCUCUCAGGCAGAACAUUCUCAUCAACCAUCUCAUGGAACAUGCAGCUGUUGAAAGAUGAGGGAGAAGACGUCACAGGAUGGUUUAAACGGCUACAACUUGACUACGCAGUCCAGACUUUAAGAGAUAUGUGCAUGAGGACCUAGAAUAUCGCUAAAAUUGGGUUCUAUUAACUAAAAAGAUUGUUUGCCGUUAAUCAGGUUUCAGCAAAUCGACAAAAUCCAAACACUUUUGCGGAAAGCAAGAUAAUGAAUAGCUACACUGCUUUGUUUCUAGAGCUGAAGCAGUUCAUUAUAUCAACCUCAAUGGCUUAGCAUGUCCUAUUUUAGCUAUGAUCACGUGCAAUCAUCCUAUUCCACGCCACUUUCCCCUACUGUGCAGCUAUUCUUCCGCUCUUUCAGUUUUCUGCUGGCGCAGCUGCUGCAAAUAGUUGAUCCCCCACUUGAUCCAGUAGAAAGGUGUUUGACAUGCGGCGUUGCGCUUCACAUCGAGUGUUGACGGUGGCCAGGUGGACUGUUAUAUAUUGCUGUGAUUAUCGUAACACUCGCAAUUGAUCCGCCGAUUACCUGUCGGGCCGGGCCGGCCAGCCGGCCCAGGGGGAGGUAGGGACAGGUGCGAUAAGAUGCAUCGGCCAUGAUAGUGUCUGACUUAUCGCUUAUUUAUGACGUCUCUUCGGGCCAGCAGUAGAGCUACACAGUGGUGAUGGAUUGUGAAUUCGUACCAUGGAAUCCGCUGCGGUCGAAAAGCAUCCGGGGUGAGGCCGUGCGAGUGCGAUGGAGACAGCAGAGGAUUGCGUUUUUUUUGUAUGCUGCAUGCUUUUGGGAGAUUAGAUAGACAGGCUGCGAGAGGAGAGUGGGAGGAUCAGAUAUACAGUGGUGCAACAGCAAUCGCUGAAAGCCUUUCCAUCUGUACGGAUCUGGCGGUUGGGCGCUGGAUCGCAACUAGCAUAAGGCACUGCUAGGUAGCGAAUGAUUGCCAUCGAACGGGCGAAAGACAAUUGGUAAUCUGGUGUUUUGCUCUAGUCACUGGGUUAACGAGUUUUUGGUUAGCGCUUUAUCGCUGUUUGGCAAUUGCUCAACUCCAUUGAAUUGGCUGGGGAAGUACUGGCGGGCUUAGAGUAGGUGCAAAGUCUCGCAUUUGUUGUUGCCGUUGAUGUUAUUUGGGAUAAUGGUCAUAUUAGUGCGUUUCGGGGGUGAAGAAUCGUCCGCGUAACGCGUCAACAAUGCCGACGAAUCAUCGCUCGAUGAGAUACCGAGGUGGGACAAAAACGCUCAAGUGGGCUGUAGUCGGGCAACGAUAAUGCAGCCAUCGGCACCUGUUUGCCUACAACACCUGACGCCCGGAAGGCACAAAUCUUAUCGAUGCCUUUCUGCCUCAUUGCGCUAUCUCGCGGACGAACCCGAUUAAAUUGGUCAAUUCAAACCGAACCGGGCAGAUGGUCCGUCGGAUUGCCCAGUCGCGCUAUACCCCGGCGGUGGCGACCAUCGACGACUCCAGUACACUGCCAACCAGCGUGGCGAUCGUGUCAUCUGCAGCGCACGAUCCCCGACCGAGAAGUUGUUCAACGAUCAACGCCUAUACAUCGAGUCACCCGAUCAACACAGGACACAGGUCAUCGACAGUGUCCAUUUCGCACAGAGUGUCAAGUGCUUCUGGAGUGUGCUGUUUGUGUUGAUGUAAGUGGAGACGGAGGCUUAGCCUGGGAUAGUAGUGAUGAGUGGUGCUCGGACGUUGAAGAUGUUGCUACUGCUGGUGAUGGCGGUGGUGGUGGUGGUCCCACCCGCCGCAACCCAGGGUGAGGUAGAAGGCUACCACUGCGUGAUGCACGACGUGUGCGCCCAGAUCGGCAUCCACGCGCAGAACUGCCCGGUGAAGAUGGCGCCGAAGCCACUGACCAACGCAGCGGCCAUCGAGAUCAUGCACCGGCGGUGCGGCUGGAUGUUCCCCGCCGACGAUACGCCGGUGUGCUGCGCGACCAGCCAGGUGCUGGAGAUGGACAAGAACUUCCAGCAGGCGGAGGGCUUGUUUAGUCGCUGCUCCACCUGUCUUACCAACAUGCUGUACAGCAUCUGCAGCCUGGCCUGCCAUCCUGAGCAGAGCCGGUUCCUGACCGCGUACACAGAGCCGACGACCGGCGCGUACGUGAAUCGGGUCGACUACCGAAUCGACCGGCAGUAUGUGCAGGACACGUUCGACUCGUGCAAGGGCAUCGUGCUGCCGUCCAGCGGCAAGUACGCGAUGGACGUCGGCUGCGGCUACUGGGAGGCGGCCGGCUGCACGGCGGAGCGCUGGUUCCAGUACAUGGGCGCCGCCGACAACGAGUUUGUGCCGUUCGAGAUCAACUACCUGUACGAGGAGGACCCGGAGCAGCGCUUCAAUCAGGAGGUGAAGCACUGUAACGAGGCGUACGACGGCUCGUACGCCUGCUCGUGCGUCGACUGCGACGAGAGCUGCCCGACGAGCGAGCCGCCCCAGCCGAAGGAUCCGGGCUUCAUGGUGGGCGACCUGAACGGGGUCACCUUCACUGUCGCGGUCGUCGUCGGCGGCAUUGGGCUCGCGUGCAUCGUGCUCGCCCUGCUGUUCGGCGGAAAGGAGGGCGCGAAGCAGCAGCUGCCCGACCUGCCCUCCUUUUUCGGCGGCUUCCCGUCGGUCAACCAGGCGCUAGGGCGUACCUUUACACGUUGGGGUACUUUCUGUGCCCGCAAUCCGGUGCUGAUAUUGGCAAUAUGUUCGUGGAUCGUGGGAGGGCUUGCGUUCGGCAUACAGUACCUGAUCAUAACGACCGAUCCAGUGGAGCUGUGGGCUGCGCCGGACAGUCGAGCGCGCCAGGAGAAAGACUACUUCGAUUCGCGUUUCUCGCCGUUCUACCGCACCGAGCAGAUCUUCAUCAAGCCGACGCGGCAAGAGUUCUUUAUACACCCGACGGCGGAAGGCAACCAGACGUUCGGACCUGCCUACGACCGGGAGUUUCUGCUCGAGGUGUUCAAGCUGCAGACCACAAUCGAACAGCUCGGCCAGGCAGAGGGGCGCGGUCUGGAGCAGAUCUGCUUCGCCCCGAUGACGCAGGUUGGUGCGCAGACCGUACUAUCGGAGUGUACCGUGCAGAGCGUGUUCGGCUACUUCAAGAACAGUCUCGCGGAAUUCAACCGGACCGGCACGGACCUGAACGGAUUCGUGGUUAACUAUCUGGACAAGAUCAACGGUUGCACGCGCAACGCCUACCUGCCGUCCUGCUUCGGCACGUACGGGGGCCCCAUCGAGCCGGGCGUCGCGGUUGGUGGGUUCCCGCAACCAGCUCCCGGUGCUAACCCCGACUUUCGACUCGCGACCGGCGUCGUGCUGACGUUCCUCGUUGAGAACAAGGCGAACAAGGACGAGCUCGGGCCGGCGCUCGAGUGGGAGCAGCGGUUCGUCGACUUUAUGCGCGACUUCGAGCACCCGAUGAUGGAGGUCGCCUACUCGGCGGAGCGCUCGAUCGAGGACGGCAUCGACGAGAUGUCGGAGGCGGAGAUGUACACCGUCAUCAUCAGCUACGUGGUGAUGUUCGUGUACAUUACCUUCUCGCUCGGGAAGAUCCGCGGCUUCCGGCAGUUUCUGCACGGCUCGCGCAUCGUGCUGGCGGUCGGCGGCAUCGUGGUGGUGCUCGCGUCUGUCGCUUGCAGCCUCGGGUUCUUCGGCUAUCUCGAGCUGGCGACGACGAUGCUCACGAUCGAGGUGAUCCCGUUCCUGGUGCUGGCGGUCGGCGUCGACAACAUCUUCAUGCUGGUGCACGCGUUCAACCGGAUCGACCGGGAGCGGACGCCCGAGACGGCCUGCGCGAUCGGCGAAGCGCUCGGCCAGAUCGGUCCAUCGAUUCUGCUGACCUCGGCGAGCGAGUGCUGCUGCUUUGCGAUCGGUGCGCUGUCACCGAUGCCGGCUGUCAAUACGUUCGCCUGGUACGCGACCGUCGCGCUGCUGGUCGACUUUCUGCUGCAGAUUUCGGCAUUCGUCGCGCUGAUGGCGCUGGAUGAGAAGCGGGUCGAGCGGGGCCGGCUCGAUCUGGUGUGCUGCGUGCGCGCCACCAAGAACCCGGACAAACCGGUCGCCCCGGACGGACCGGGGUGGCUGGAGCGGGUGGUGGAGCGAUUCUACGUGCCGUUUCUGCUGCGGCCGAGGGUGCGGCUGACCGUGCUGGCCCUGUUUCUCGUCUGGGGCUCGCUGUCGCUGAUGGUGGUGCCGAGCAUCGAGCCUGGACUGGACCAGGAGCUGUCGAUGGCGGAGGACUCACACGUGGUCAAGUACUUCCGCUUCAUGGCUGAGCUGUUCUGGAUGGGGCCGCCCGUCUACUUCGUGGUGAAGGCCGGCCUGAACUACACCGACGUGCAGCACCAAAACCUGGUGUGCGGUGGCAUCCUGUGCAAUGACGACUCGAUCUCCACCAAGCUCUACCAAGCCUCGCUCUAUCCGGAAACGACACACAUUGCAAGACCCGCCUCGUCCUGGCUCGACGACUACAUCGACUGGCUGGCGAUUCAGUCCUGCUGCAAGUACAAUCCCACGGACGGGUCCUUCUGUGCCAGCAAUAUCGUCUUCUGUCCAGCCUGCCCGGAGGAGUACGACGAGACGGGCAUCCGGCCGACCGUGCCCCAGUUCGAGCGCUACCUCGAGUUCUUCCUGUCCGACCUGCCGGACGAGAACUGCGCCAAGGCGGGCCGGGCGGCCUACUCGCGCGCCCUCAACUACCUGCUAGAUCGGGACGGCCGGCUGAACGUACAGGACUCGUACUUUUCCACCUACCACACGACCGCGGUGACGUCGCGCCAGUUCUACACGGCGCUCGAGCAGGCCCGCCUGAUUGCGGCCGACAUCCAGCAGAUGCUGGACGAGCGCCAGGCCGGCGUCGAGAUCUUCCCGUACAGCGUGUUCUACGUGUUCUACGAGCAGUAUCUGACGAUCUGGAGCGACGCAUUGCAGUCGCUCGGCCUGUCCCUGGCGGCCGUGUUCGUCGUCACCUUUCUGGUGACGGGGCUGGAUCUGCUCUCCGCCCUGGUCGUCAUACUGCUGGUCUUCCUGAUCGUGCUCAACAUGAUGGGGCUGAUGUGGCUGUGGAACAUUACGCUCAAUGCCAUCUCGCUGGUCAACUUGGUGAUGAGCGUCGGCAUUGGCGUAGAGUUCAUCUCGCACAUCGUGCGCACGUACCGGCUGGCGCACGGCACCCGGCUCGAGCGGUCCGCCGCAGCGAUGGUCCGCACCGGCAGCUCCGUGUUUUCCGGCAUCACGCUCACCAAGUUCGCCGGCAUCAUCGUGCUCGCCUUUGCCAAGUCGCAGAUCUUCCAGAUCUUCUACUUCCGCAUGUACCUGUGCAUCGUGCUGGUCGGGGCCGCCCACGGACUCAUACUGCUGCCCGUCUUCCUUACCUACAUUGGACCGCCAUCGCCACCACCACCACCACCACCACCACCACCAGCAGAGACACCACGCACCGCGCCCACAAAGCAGGAGGAAGCGAAACUGGACCUCAGCAACACGCCGAGCGCUGCGAACGAAACGGAGACCCCGGCGAUAGGCAACGAACCCGCGCAACACGCACCCGAGUGAACUCGCAUCAGCUUAAACACGCGCACGUUGUUUGUUGUUUUGUUUUAAUUACUUAUUUAUUUACCACUGACACCUAGAAUGCACAACCGCGGCAAACACAAAAAAAAAAACUAAUAAAGCGAAACCCGAACCCACGGGAGUGCCUUAAACAGUA